GAAGCUAGAGUGUUUGUCAACGUGGCAGACGUCAAUUCUAACCAAAAAUCAUCAGAGGUUUCAAAAACAUUAACUUACAUACACAAUAGUGUAAUGUUUAAAUUUGUUGUUCAAAAUGUCCAUUAUCACAACCGGCCCUGACUUAAUGAUCACUGGGGCAGGCUAUAAUAGAUAUAACAUAGAGAGUAAUUGUAAAAAAUGCCCGUCUUCACUGCUAACAUACCUGGAAUCCUCAAAGUUGGUGACAGAAUCGAAAUCGGGGGUAAAAUUAAAGAGAAUGCUCGCAAAAUGUCGGUGAACCUGUGCGCGCAGGAAGGUGAAGAGCCCCGCGACGUGGUGCUGCACUUCGACGUGAGGUUCCACCGAGACAACAUCAUCUCCCUGUCGCGGAAGAACGGCAUCUGGAUCGGCAGCGGCAACUAUGAUACCAACUAUAAUAUGUUUGUGCCAGGCACAAUAUUCCGCAUAAUCUUCGAGAUUAAGGACACGGACGUGAUCACGAUCUACUGCCAGGGCAAGUUCCACUCCAACUUCCUGCCGAAGAUCCCGCUGACCAUGGCGCGGUACAUCGUCGCGUGGGCCGACGUCGAGCGAGUCACGCACUGCUACUUCCAUCUGUCUUCUAAGCCACCAGUAGGUGGUGACGAGGCUGCUGCUGCUACAGGCGUCUUCCAGCCUCAGUCUCCUCGGCCCACUAUGGUCGUUAGCGAUAUCAAACGAUGCCAAAGACUACACAAGAAGUCGGCCCCAGGUUCCCCGCAGCUACACUCGUCCAACGAGAGUUCCGACGAAGAACAACAGAAGGGCAGGCCGAAGACCGACGGCCGAGCAGACCGAUACUUUUACGACACCCUAAUGUGUCAGCCGUCUGACCAUCCAAAGUUCGGCUCACCAGAAUCGAUGAAGCGGAGAGAUCCAACCUUAGCUAGAAGUAAAAUAGAUUAUAGUAGAAAGUUUAGAGAGGUCUCGGACACUGAGAAAAAUGACAGUGAAGAUUAUUCAGAAGAUAUAGCUUCAAAAAACAUGGAUUCUUCUGUCGUAGAGUCUGAUGAUGUGCUACAGGAGCUUGGGCUGAAGAAACGAUCUAGACGCGGCAAGUUCGCGCCGUUCGCUCAAGUAGUAAAUUUUAUGGGAAAGACGACCAGGAGAAAUUAGUGUUGUGUUUUGGUAAUCGACUAUAUUACAACUGGUAGUCGAUUUUUGUCUUUUUAUGUGUUUUUGUAGUUUUGUUUGUAUUAGUGAUGUCCUUUUGGAACUCUAGAGACUUAGUAUUCUCUUUGUUUUUCUUUUUAUGUUUGAUACAAAGUUGUAGAGGAUUAUGAGUGUCGUCUUAAUGGAUUUAAAACGUAAAUGUUAACUUGUAAUAUUAGAAAUAACCGUUUGGUUUAAAAAACAUUUUAUAUGUAAGUGUUUAAAUAAAUGUUUGAAAGUUA